CUGUGGAUUUUGAAAUUUAGGUAGCAAAUACAAAGUCAUUUAUUUGAAUAACAUUUGGGUACUCCAACUCAUAUCUCAUAACCAUAUAAAAUUACUACUCCUCUGCCUUUAAUUCCAAAAUGGAGUUUCCUAACCCCGGCAAGCCUAUCAUCAUACUCUCUUUCUUGUGCCUGCUUUCCAUAACUUAUGCUUCACGGAACUGUGAGUUCUCAGCGAUCUUUAACUUCGGAGACUCGAAUUCCGAUACUGGAGGAUUGGCUGCUGCCUUCACUCCUCCCAACUCUCCUUAUGGACAGACAUACUUUCACAUGCCAGCCGGAAGAUACUCCGAUGGAAGGCUCAUAAUUGAUUUUAUAGCCAAGAGUUUCAAUCUGCCGUAUCUAAGCGCAUAUCUUAAUUCCUUGGGAACCAAUUUCAAACAUGGCGCAAAUUUUGCCACAGCAGCAUCCACAAUUAGACUACCUACUAGUAUUAUUCCGAACGGUGGAUUUAGUCCAUUCUACCUUGAUGUGCAAUACCAGCAAUUCGUGCAAUUCAUAUAUAGAUCAAAGAUGAUCAGGGAAAAACAACUGAUACAUGAUAAAGAUUAUUUCGGAAGGGCUUUAUACACAUUUGAUAUUGGUCAAAAUGAUCUUGGCGCUGGAUUUUUUGGCAACUUGUCCGUGGAAGAAGUGAAUGCCUCUGUCCCUGAUAUUGUCAAUAGCUUCUCCGUGAAUGUUAAGAACAUUUAUAAAUUGGGAGCUAGGUCAUUUUGGAUACAUAACACGGGGCCAAUUGGUUGUCUAGCUUAUAUCUUGGAAAAUUUUCCUUUAGCAGAGAAAGACAGCGCCGGUUGUGCAAAAGCUUAUAAUGAAGUAGCUCAGUAUUUUAAUUUCAAGCUGAAGGAGACCAUAGCUCAACUCAGGAAAGAUUUGCCUUCAGCUGCAAUUACACAUGUUGACAUCUAUUCUGUGAAGUAUUCCUUAUUCAAUGAACCCAAAAAAUAUGGCUUCGAGCUUCCACUUGUGGGGUGUUGUGGGUAUGGAGGAAUAUACAACUUCAGCGAUGUUGCUGGAUGUGGAGAUAGAGUUAUAGUAAAUGGUAGCCAAAUAAUUGUGGAUUCAUCAUGCGAUCGACCCUCAGUUCGAGUAGAAUGGGAUGGAAUUCAUUAUACUGAAGCUGCCAACAGGUUUAUUUUCAAUCAAAUUUCUACUGGAGCAUUCUCUGAUCCACCUAUCCCCCUGAAAAUGGCAUGCCACAAAAACACUACUGUUGUUGAUUAUUAAACUGUAAAUCAUAUUAAUAAUGUCUGAAGGCCAAAUAAAUUUUGUAGAUGAAAGAAACCUGGGCGUCAUAAAUACUUGCUAAUCUCAAUUUUUACAUAUAGAUUAUUGUAUUUGUAUGUGAUAUACUGUUAUUAAUUAUUAAUAUUAUUAUUUUUUAAAGAUUUAAA